AUGCCACGGAAUCCAGGUUCAAUUUAUACUUAUUAUACCGAUCUUGGUACAGUUCCUCCUUUUAAACAACCAAGAGUUAAAUGCAACUUUUGUUCUCAUACUUGCAAUAAAGCUCUUAAUAGAUGCGAAUCCCAUUUAAAAAAUUGCACUAAAAUUGAUAAUGAAAGUUAUCAAUCAUAUUUUGGUAGUCCUAAAAUAACAUCUUCACAUGUUGCUUCUCAAUUAAUAGUAAAUACUUCAAAAAAAACAUUGCAAAAUGCAAAUAUUAAAAAUUUUUUUGAUCAUACUACAACAAAUGAGCAAGAUCGUCUUGAAGUAGGCUUUGCAGAAGCUGUUUUUCAAUGUGGUCUUCCUUUUUCAUUUUGUGAGUUAGUUCCAAUUCAAACCUGGAUUAAAGGAUUAAAACCUUCAUUUAAAUUACCUACAAGAAAAAAAAUGGCUAAUCAAUUAUUAGAAACUAUUUAUAAUAAAACCAAAUUAAAAGUAGAUAAAAGUAUUGAAGAUGCUGAUUUUUUAACUUUGAUUUGUGAUGGAUGGUUAUUUAAUGAUGAUUCUUAUGAUGAAUCUAGUGAUAGUUCUGAUAAUGAAUUAGAUAAUGAAUUUGAUUACGAAUUAAAUGAUGAAUUAAAUUAUGAGUUUGAUAGUGAAUUAGAUGAUGAAUUAGAUAAUGAAUUAGAAAACAGAUAUGAUGAUGAAUUAAAUAAUGAAUUAGAUGAUGAAUCAAGUGAUGAGUUAGAUGAAUUAAGUGAUAAAUUAAAUAAUAAUCUAAAUAAUUAUACAGAUGAUUAUUUGGAUAAUGGUAAGUAA